UGGAGCUGUCAGUCUUUCACCUACAUGUUGGUGGUGAUGGGACCAGAGAGUCUCUAGAGCCGAUCGAAGGAGUUGGGGCUGGGAGCUGCCCUGACUGACAUCCUAGGUAUCCUCACUGCUCCCGUGGACUGCGAUCAUAUUAUCCCUUGAGGACGGAGCGCUGCUGCUCCAUGGCUAAUCCUUUCCUGCCUUUCCCUGCGUGUUACUAGCCGCGCCGGCCGACGCUCACAUAUUUCCCAGCGAUGUUGGAUAUAAGUAGUAGCUGCGGCCACCUCUCAGUGCUGGCUUUGGUGCUGCUAACUUUGUGGGUUCAGGUUUCCCAUUCCACUGGUUAUUUCGAGCUGCAGCUGAUCUCUCUGAAGAAUGCCAACGGAGAAUUGUUAAAUGGGGAAUGCUGCGAUGACAUUAAGAGCGCUCAGAACCUGGACUGUGGAAGGGACGAGUGUGAUACGUACCUGAAGGUCUGUCUGAAGGAGUUUCAGGCCAAGAUUACCCCAACUGGACCAUGCAACUAUGGCUCCGGAUUUACUUCGGUUCUCGGUGGAAAUACUAUUUAUUUGAACAAGUACAACCACCAGGGUAAAAGUAACCCCAGCGAGAGUGGCAGGAUUACUAUUCCUUUCCAGUUUGCCUGGACGAGAUCAUUUACAUUAAUCUUGGAGGCUUGGGACUGGGACAAUGACACCAAAGUGGACGAAGAUCUCCUGAUAGAUCGAGUUACUUAUGCCGGAGUGACAAGCCCUGAGGACCAGUGGACCCUGUUGCCGUUAACUGGACACGUUGCCCAAUUUGAUGUAAAGAUAAGGGUCAAAUGUGAUGAGAAUUACUAUGGUUCUAUGUGCAACAAGUUCUGCAGACCAAGAAAUGACUUUGUUGGUCAUUACACAUGUGACAGUAAUGGAAAAAAAGCCUGCAUGGAAGGUUGGAUGGGAGCAGAGUGUAAACAAGCUAUAUGCAAGCAGGGGUGUGACUUGCUUCAUGGUGGAUGCACAGUACCUGGCGAAUGCAAGUGUCAUUAUGGUUGGCAAGGGCUGUACUGCAGUGAAUGUGUCCCUUAUCCUGGCUGUGUGCAUGGCAGCUGCCAAGAGCCGUGGGACUGCAAAUGUGAGACCAACUGGGGUGGCCUGCUGUGCAACAAAGAUCUGAACUACUGUGGGACACACCAUCCAUGUUUAAAUGGAGGGACUUGCAUGAACACCGAACCUGAUAAAUACUACUGUGCUUGCCCUGAUGGCUAUUCUGGACAGAACUGUGAAAUAGCUGAACAUGCUUGCGCUUCCAACCCUUGCGCCAACGAUGGAGUCUGCCAUGAGGUUUCUUCUGGGUUUGAGUGUCACUGCCCCCCAGGGUGGACUGGAACAACUUGUGCAGUUGAUAUUGAUGAAUGUGCAUCCAACCCUUGUGCAAGCGGGGGUGAAUGCAAAGACCUUAUCAAUGGGUUUGAAUGCAUCUGCCCUCCUCAGUGGGCAGGGACCACCUGCCAACUUGAUGCUAAUGAAUGUGAGGGGAAACCCUGUCUUAAUGCUUAUGCUUGCAGAAAUCUGAUUGGUCGAUAUUUCUGUCACUGCCUUCCUGGAUGGACAGGAUUAAAUUGUCACAUCAAAAAAAGUGACGACUGCCAUGGACAGUGUCAAAAUGGAGGCAUAUGUAAGGAUAAGGUAAAUGGAUACCGCUGUAUUUGCCCUCGUGGUUUUGUUGGCAAGAAUUGUGAGAUAGAGCUGAAUAAGUGUGCAAGCAAGCCUUGUCAGAAUGGAGGAACCUGUGAAGAUCAUGUCAACACUUUCCGCUGUCACUGUGCCCCAGGAUAUUCUGGAACCCUGUGUGAGCUCACCGUUGAUCUGUGUGAGCCCAACCCUUGCCAGAACAAAGCUCGGUGCUAUAAUCUAGAUGGAGAUUAUUACUGUGCCUGUUCAGAUGACUAUGAUGGAAAGAAUUGUACCCACCUCAAAGACCACUGUAAAAACAGCUCUUGCAAAAUCAUAGACAGCUGUACAAUAGCGAUUUCUACUAAUGCCACCCAGGAAGGUAUCCGUUACAUCUCCUCUAAUGUUUGCGGGCCUCAUGGACGGUGCAUUAGUCAACCAGGAGGAAAUUUCACCUGUUCCUGUGACCGAGGAUUUACGGGUGCUUACUGCCAUGAAAAUAUAAAUGACUGUCUUGGGACCCCUUGUAAGAAUGGAGGAACUUGCACGGAUGAGAUUGAUUCUUUCAAGUGCUUUUGCCCAAAUGGCUGGGGAGGAGAAUUCUGUGACAUAAAUUAUAAUGACUGCAGCCCCAAUCCAUGUCAGAAUGACGGCAGAUGCAUUGAUCUGGUGAAUGACUUUGCUUGCGAAUGUAAAAAUGGCUGGAAAGGCAAAACAUGUCAUUCCCGUGAAUAUCAAUGUGAUGCCAACACGUGCAGCAAUGGGGGAACUUGUUAUGAUACAGGAGAUUCAUUUCAUUGCCUUUGCUGCUCAGGCUGGGAAGGAAGCACUUGUAACCUUGCAAAGAACAGCAGCUGUCUUCCAAACCCCUGUGAGAAUGGAGGGACCUGUGUGGGCAAUGGAGAUUCCUUUUCUUGUAUGUGUAAAGAAGGCUGGGAGGGACGGACCUGCACAGAGAAUACCAAUGACUGCAAUCCUUAUCCAUGCUACAACGGGGGCAUUUGUGUUGAUGGAGUGAAUUGGUUUCGAUGUGAAUGUGCCCCUGGAUUUGCAGGACCUGACUGCAGAAUCAACAUCGAUGAAUGCCAGUCCUCCCCUUGUGCAUAUGGCGCCACUUGUAUAGAUGAAAUAAACGGUUACAGGUGCACCUGCCCAUCUGGAAGAGCUGGCCUCCGUUGCCAAGAAGUCAUUGGACUUGGAAGAUCUUGUUGGCUUAAAGGAAUGCAGUAUCCCCAUGGAGGGAAAUGGGUGGAAGAGUGCAAUAGCUGCUAUUGCUUGGAUGGGGGUGUUGAAUGUACAAAGACAUGGUGUGGUCCAAAGCCUUGUUUGCUGGAACAUUCUAAGGACAAGAGUCGGUGCCCUCGUGGCCAGGAUUGUGAAGCUAGAGUGACACCAUUCAAAUGUUUCCAGCCACCAUGCAGGGAAUGGGGAGAAUGCAGUGCUCCAUUACCAGCAGCAGUCAAGUGCCUGCCCGACUCUGACUACUUGGACAGUAAUUGUGCACGGAUAACUCUAAUAUUCAACAGUGACAAAGUUCCACAGGGAACUACAGUUGAAAACGUCUGUUCAGAGAUCAGAUAUUUACCCUCUCUCAGGACGGUAUCAAAAGAGAGGCAGCUCGUUGUUUUGUGUGAUGUAUCGUCUUCAAUGGAAAAAGCAAUAGAAGUUGCAAUAUCCUUUAUCUCACAGACAGAUGACAAGGACAACAGUCUGAUUCAAAAUGCUGCAAAUACCAUUGUCAAUGCAAUUACAAAAAGGCAAAAUAGUACAGUAAUGCUGGCUGUCACUGAAGUCAAAGUGGAAACUAUGGUUGUUGGCAGUUCUCAUUCAGAUUACCUUAUUCCGGUACUCUGUACGGUCUUUAGUAUUGUGUGGAUAACAUGCAUAAUAAUCUGUGUGUGGUGGAUGCGGAAAAGGAGAAAAGAGCGAGAGAGAAGAUGUCAAGAAGAAAGUGCAAAUAACCAACGGGAGCUUUUGAAUCCCAUAUGGAACCCUAUAGGGGCUCCUUACAAUCAAAAAGACAUUCAUUAUGAAUGCAAAAAUUUCCUUUCUCAUCAGAAAAGAACUUAUGACACUGAAGAGGAAGAAAAGGAGGAGGAGGUUGGAGAGGAGGUGACAGAAGUGGACAAAUGUCUCUCUCAGACAUGCCCAAAGACUUUAACAAGCAAAGGGGAUGUUGACUGCUCAGAGAGCAGCCCUGUUAAGAAACCACAUCGGACAAGUGACUAUAAAAUGGAUAACAGAUGUGUUAAAAAUGUGAAUACAUCCCGCUGAAGGAACUAAAGCCUUAUGUGUAUAAGGGACAUUGUGCCUUGGCUAGGAAUGGGAACCUGAGAGAGAGGCAAAUUUCAUCUCCAUUACAUAAGUUCCUUCUGUCAUAGGAGGGGCCUGUGUUGUUUAGCACUGCUAACCAGUGGCAGGGAGGUUUAGGACUAAAUUCUGGAGUCUGUUAAUUUCUUUAAUAUGUAAGAAAUGUAUUUUUUUCUAUUUGUUCCUGUUGUCUUUCUAUAAAUUAUUUGUGGCUAAAAGGCAAAAGAUGGGGCGAAACUCUUUGAUAGUUGCUAUUUUUGGAAAGUUUGCUUUGAAAGCUCCUCUUAAGGAAGGAAUUUUGAGGAAACAAAAAAAGUUCAGCUGGAUUUCCACAAUAUCAUCAUGUUCAGUUCGUUGCUCAAUUGUACAUUUGUUUACAGAAUGUAUUUCCUUUUUUUAUAACCUUAUAAUUUAAUGCAGGUAUUUUGUUUAAAGCCUCCUGGUUGAGGCAAAUGAGCGAAGAGCUAUCUGCCCCGUCCCCUGACGAAACCCUUUUUCUGCCCCUCUGCCCAGGUUAUGAGCUAAGUAUUGCAAUGCAGGGUGUGGCCAGACGAGGGUUCAUUUGUCUAUUCCCAGCCCGCAUACACUUGUUGCAUUUUUUUUUUUUUUUUUUUUUUUUUACUUAUUUGCCUUACGAUUAUUUUAAUGGGAAUGACUUAACCGGAGACAAAAAUGUCUCAGACCUUUCAAUGCUGACUUCAAAAAGUGGCCUUUUUAUUAUCAUUUUUUGUUUUAAUUAUUUUUUUGUUAGGCUUGCAGUAUUGAUGUAUGUGACAAGUGCCUUGAGAUUAAACUUUUUAUAGCAACUGUCAAAGACCACCCUUUCUGCUUAAAGUCAUAAGCAGAGCAAUAGGGGGAAUCCUCUUAGAGACACUGUUUAUUUUCUAUUUGUGGAUGAAAAAAAUUGUAAAUAUGUAUAUAGUAAAUAAAUUGCUCUGUAUAUUUGAUUUAUCAAAAGUUUUUUUUUGUUCUGGACAUGCCAUUCCUUUUUAAUUUAUGUUGCGGAAGGGAAGUUUAGUGACUGGCUUUUCAUAUAUAAUGUUCCCACCCCCAUGGUUUUUUGUUUUGAUGUCCAGAGUUAAUAAGGGACAUUAAUAUAAUCAAUGUUAGGAGUCUUGUAUUUCCAUUGUGACACCAAAAGUUUGCGUGUAAAUAGUUGUUUAUUAUUCAGUUUGUCCAAGUAUACAGGCAGUUCCAUUCACAGUGUGCAUCAGGGCAAGCAAGAUGGGGGAGGCAUCUGUUAGACCUGCUCAUUAUUUGUGUUAUUACCCAAUGUGUUUUAUUUCCUGUACACUACAAACCUAAUGAAGGGAACAAUAUUUUCCUUUUUUCUUCUGUAUUUGGUUUUAUUUUUUCGUUUUUGGCUUCCCCUCUCUCCCCCCCAACUAAAAGAAAGUUACAAGUUACAAAAUGAAUUACCUCAUUAAAAAAUUGGUUAUUCAAAAAUCAAGGUUUGGAGCAUAUUUCCUUGUUCUUUCAUAUUCUUUGUAAUAGCAUCAAAGGCCGAGCUUUUUUGUUUGUUUUUUUUAUUGUAAAGCAAUGAAACACCGCAUCCUUUGCUAUUGGGCUACCGAUGAAGAAAAGUUACCUGUUUUGGCCAAUGAACAUGAAUGCUUGAAACUAAUAAUUUUAUACAGAAAUGGCAAUAUUGCUUUGCAGAUAAUUCUGUUUAGUGCAUUUUGUUUGACAUGUUCUUAAAAUGUUAAAAACACUAUUUAUUAAAGCAUUUUAUAACAAUAUUAA